GGUAGUGCAAUAGCUCUGCAAACAAGCAUUUGGGUUUCCUCAAACACUGCACUUCAAUUGGAAGAAAGCAGAGCUCAGGCGAGGCUGGAUUGUAAGCGAGUAAAUAGAAAGGAGGGGCCAUGAGCAGCCUUUCCCAGAGCCCAAAGGCAUAUUUUGUCUUCCCAGGGAGGAAAAGACUACACCUCCCAGAAUCCUCUGGGUCUGAAAAAAAAGGGAAGAAGCGAAGGACACGAGGACAUUCCAUUUUGUGUGGGGCUUUUGCAGGAGGGGACCCGCCACCGAGAUCGCUGGGGUGCAAAGAGGCUUCGCGGUGGAGGCUGAAGGUGGGAGCAGGAAGGAGUCUUUGCUGGCAGAGGCGCCCUUCGGAAGCAGCUCUACACGGGUGAGAGGGCACCGUCUGAACCCUGCAACACGUGAAUGCCGAGACCACAAAGCUUUGAGGAAGGGCCCUCCCUGCUGGACGUUGGCCGAAGAGCAAGGGUGGCCAUGCUGGAGAAUGAGAGGAACAUGGCCUCUCGGGCACUGCCGCUUCCCAAGACCAGCCUCAUCCCCAGCGCAGAGCAAGCGGAAGAGCCCAGGACGCCACAGUAUCAGAUCUCAGACGGAACAGGGGCUGCCAUUUUGGACACCAGCUCAGCAGGAAACUCGAGGAGGAAACACUUCUGCCCAGAGUGUGGCCAAUGCUUUGCCUUCGGAUUGGCUCUUGCUAGACACCAGAGAAUCCACACAGGGGAGAAGAUCCAGGAAAGCUCUGAGAGCGGGGAAUGUUUUGGUCAGAGUUCAGAGCUUGCCAGCGAUUCGGAAACCCCUAAGUCUUUGGAGUUCAGGAAGAUUCUUGCUCAUCAGCCCAUCGUUCUGAUCCACCGGAACGUCCAUUCAGGAGGAGAUAAGUCAUAUCGCUGCUUGGAGUGUGGGGAAGGUUUUGCCCAACUCUCAGAUUUUGUGAAACAUGAAAGAGGCCACACAGGAGAGAAACCCCACAAAUAUGCCGAGAGUAGGAUCGGGUUCCCCAAGAGAUCACAGCUUCAUGGACCCCAUAAAGUCCACACAGGAGAGAAGCCGCACAAAUGCAGUGUGUGUGGGUUAUGCUUUUCUGUUAGGUCAAAACUUGUUACCCAUCAGCGAACCCACACUGGAGAAAAACCCUAUGAAUGCCCAGAGUGUGGAAAAUCAUUUGCUCUCAAGUCAGGCCUUGUGAUCCAUCAGAGACUCCACACUGGAGAAAAGCCCUUUGAAUGCUGGGAGUGCGGGAAAUGUUUUCCUCAAAACGCACAGCUUUGGAGCCAUCGGUUGGUUCACACAGGGGAGAAACGGUAUAAAUGCUUUGAAUGUGGAAAAAAGUUUACUUCCCGUUCCGGCCUUGUAACCCAUCAGAAAACCCACACAGGAGAAAGGCCCCAUAAGUGUCUGGAGUGUGGCAAAUGUUUCCCCACAAAUGUAAGUCUCAGGCGACACCAGAGAAUCCACACAGGGGAGAAACCCCAUGAAUGUAGAGAGUGUGGGAAAUGUUUUCAUGAGAAAGCUGACCUUCUGAGGCAUCAGACUGUUCACACCGGGGAGAGGCCUCAUAAAUGUGCAGAGUGUGGGAAAUGUUUUAUUUCAGCAUCAGAACUUGUAAUCCACCGGAGAAUCCAUACGGGAGAAAAACCGUUUGAAUGCGUGGAGUGCGGGAGAUUGUUUUCCCAAAAACAACACCUCUGCAGACAUCAGAAGGUCCAUACAGGAGAGAAACCCUACAAAUGCAUGAAAUGUGGAAAAUGCUUUGCUGGCCUAUCAGAUCUUCGUGUACACGACAGGAUACACACAGGAUUGAGGCCAUAUGAGUGUGGAGAAUGUGGAAAACGUUUUUCCACUUCAUCACAUUUUAUUAUUCAUAAGAGAGUCCACACAGGAGAAAAGCCACAUAAAUGUUUAGACUGUGGAAUGUCAUUUACUGAAGCAAAAUCCCUUAAGGGUCACCAGAGAACCCACACAGGAGAGAAAACUCACAGAUGCUUGGAGUGUGGGAAAUGUUUUUCAAGGAGAGACACCCUUGUGACCCAUCAGAGGAUCCACACAGGAGAGAAACCCUAUAAAUGCUUGGAGUGUGGGGAAUGUUUUCGUCAGAAGCCAUGCCUUGUGAUCCACCAGAGGAUCCACACAGGAGAGAAACCCUAUAAAUGCUUGGAGUGUGAGAAAUCAUUUCCUUCGAAGUCACCCCUUGUGAUCCACCAGAGGAUCCACACAGGAGAGAAACCCUAUAAAUGCUUGGAGUGUGAGAAAUCAUUUCCUCGGAAGUCACGCCUUGUGAUCCACCAGAGGAUCCACACAGGAGAGAAACCCUAUAAAUGCUUGGAGUGUGGGAAAUGUUUUUCUCAGUCACAAUAUCUUCACAAACACCAGAAAGUCCACACAGGAGGAGAGCUUCCCAAUGUGUAGAGUGGGGGAAAUGUUGAAGGUGGAAACCUUCAAAGACUCCAUGUGGAAUAAAGAGCAUAUAAAUGUU